AUGCCGGUCAACACAAUGGUCAAGAAAGUCGAGCGUCAAACGCAUGGUGUCGCCGUCCCCGUCUCCGACCGCGCUAGCAACAUCGAGAAGAAGGGUCAUUCUGAUCAAGUCGUCCUAGCAAUCAGCCCCAAGGCUAUCCGCCAAUUUUCGAGCCGAGGCGUUGGCUAUUCCCAGUUCAAGUCCACCCAUGUCGGUAUCGGCAUUCAUUCCGACCAGCGCGCCAUCGAACAUCUCAAAUUCUCAGCUCCACAGGUUACCAAGGCUGAAAAAUCGAAAUGGCUAUUGAAUCCGACCGCGGAACUACGGUGGAUGCGUGACUCCGAAGUUCUCACCGUUCGCACGCGCGCAUGCGACAACGGCAAAGUCCAUACCGCACAAGCUACACAAGUACGCCCGUCCGGUGUUUUCAUUAGUGUUUAG